GGUACGUGGAGGAGGUGGUUGGACUGGUGGCCACACUCGAGGGCAUGGUCCUGCGGAGGGAGGCACAGCUGUCUAUCGCGGGCAUUCAGAUACCUUCAUGGUCCGGUCAGCCGCAGGCCAGGCCACCUGGGCCUCCUUGGGGAGCUGGGCCAUCUGGGCCAUUUCACGGAGUUGGGUCAUCCGGGCCUUUCCAGGGGGCUGGGCCAUCCCGGCCUUUUCGAGGAGCCGGGCCAUCUAGGCCUUUUCGAGGAGCUCGAGGAGGGCCUGUCCGCAGACGCAGGGCUCACGUUGUAGAGGCGGAGCCUGAUGAGGAGGAGGAGGAUGUUGAGGAGGAGGAGGAGGCUUCCGACCGUCAGUCAGAGACAUCUGCUGAGGAGGGGGGCUCCGGUCUUGGUUCGGGGAACAGAGGCGAGGCUGGGGGGGAUCCUGAGGAUGACAGCUCCGACUCAGAUGAUGAUGAUGGUGCAGAGGUUGUCCCGCAGAAGAGGAUGAGGAGUGCUUCUCAUUCCCGCUCCCGAGGACACUGAUGCUGCUGUUUCCUGCUU